AUGGCGAGUAAAGUGCAAGUUGCUAAGUUCCAUGACCAUGGUGGUAUUCGUGAGUUUAGCGAAAAUAUUAUUUUAGAACCAACCUAUUCUGGGGUUUGGACUAUGGAGGAAAACGAUCUGGCCGACCAGUUGAAGGAUGACAGUUUCAAGAAACGUGUCGAGGUGCUGGAUCAGUUAAUAAUCACCGUCAAACGAAAUGGUGGACGCCUUCCUUACGCUGAUAACGACCCGAUCUUUAGGAGUUUAGGACUUGCUCUGUCGGAUUCCAACUGGGAGAUUCGCAAUAAAUGCAUUCAGCUGCUACAGGAGAUCAUCCCCAACCUUGGGGUUGAAGUUGAUAAAUGUAUGUCUUUAGUUUUAAGUAAAUUAAUUGCAAAUAUUGGUGAUAGUAAAGUGACUGUACGAAGAAUGGUUGUGCAGGCUCUACAUGCUUACAUGAAAUAUACCUACAACUUAUCAGCUUUAUUUGAUGGACUGGUCAACAUAGGCCUUGAAAAUGAGAAUCCUGCAGUCAGAAGAGAAAUGGUCACAGCUCUACCAUUGUUGCUAACAAAGGAGUUUGUUAGUCAGGACCUGUCAAAAAUGAUAACUUCGCUGGCAAGGAAGUUGCUAGACACCUCAGUAGAAGAUAAUCUGAAAGAUUGCUCAUUAUCCACUUUGAAUAAAAUCGAACAAAUGGCAGGGGAGAGAAUGUUUGCUGUAUAUUUAAAGAACUUGCCCUUGCCAUUACAGAAGUACUAUCUACAGUUGUCUGGCAAGCAAGAUGUCGGGUUUUACAAUCUGGAGGCUGAUUUUUACAAUAAUGGAACCACAGUAAUGAGCCAGAGAAUGACGAAUGGUCAGAUGGACUAUGCAGAAAGCUUUGAGUUUGGUUUAGUGCCUAGUCAGAUACUGAUCAGAUUAAAUGAUCAAAAAGAUUUCCGCACCCGUGCUCAAGCUGUUGAAGAUUUGAAAAGUAUUAUCAUAAACACAACAUCGUUCGAACUGUCAACACACAUGUUGCCUUUCGUGGGUUCAUUUAUAAACUUUCUGAGUAACUUACUAGAUGAUUCUAAUUUUAAGAUCAUUAACGUCACUUUGGAAAUAAUCCUUAGUUUGGUAGAAAAAUUGGAGAAAAAUACCAUAAGUUUUCUGGAACCUUUAACGUCAGCCUUGUUAAAAAGGAUGGGAGAUAACAAAAUUGUCAUCCGACAACUGGUAAUGAGCAUUGUUAUUAAGAUGAUGCAAAGUACUUCGCCUAUGGAUGUUAUUUCUGUUAUCAAAGAUAACCUUCAGCACAAGAAUUCACGGGUGAGGCAGGAAACUAUUAACCUUAUCAUUGCUGCACUUCUGACAUUUCCUAGCAGGGAUUUUGACAUACCACAGAUAUGUAAAUCUGUAGGCCCUACUCUUACUGAUGUCAAGAGGGCGGUGAGGCAGGCAGCAUUAGAAUGUUUUGCCACUCUGGCACAAGUUAUGGGCCCAGGACAGCUGCAUCCACUAGUGUCAGCAGUUGAUGAGGUUGAGUUGUGUACGGACGGGGAGGGAUUGAUGGCUGCUGUACAAGCCAGACUUUCACGUAAACAGCUUCCGAAGUUAACAAGUGAUGGACUGGUUGAGUAUGCCACCCCAACUCCAAGUUCUGCCACGGUGCGCUCAUCCUUGUCACAGCAUAGUGCAGACACUGAAUGGAUAAUGGCUGUUGGUGCAGGUGUGUCCAACACAUCUCGGUCGGCUCGUUCUGUUCCUUUAGAUUUUGGAUCUGCAACCACAUCCUCCAGAUCAACACCUGUUGCGGGGCCGGAUUUUUCAGUACUGACCUCAGCAGUGAGGCCAUUUAUGAGUGCAGGAAGAGGAAGAAACAAACUUCCAUGGGAAGACAGCAGAGAUGAGAGGAGUGGAUCUGGUAGCGGCUUCCCUGAGUCCAUUUACAGUCAGGUUCAGAGAGAUGUUAAAUCUGCACGUGUUGUGAGUUUCAACACUGACGAUGGACCACCUAAGCCCAGGCAGACGUGGAUUGAAGAGGAAGACCAGUACAAACCAGCUGUAUUAGAACGACAGCCAAAACGUAGAACAACCGUUAUGAGUAUUGCACCUAUAGAUGACCAGGAAAAUGGUGGUUCCUACAAUCAACAGUACCUGCAGAAAAAGCGUCCACAGGGGACGACAGCCAGGGUUGGGAAGCCAGAAA